ACCUCUGUUAAGCACCUUGUCAUGAAUUGACUCAUUGUCUUCGUUUAAAAACAACCGCAAAAGUGAACAUAACUGCAUGGCCAGUCUUGAUAUUACUGAGUUCUUCGUGUUUUCGUGAAAUCCUUCUUUAUCAUUUAUGAGAAAGCGUAGCAAAGGGAGGAAGAGUAGGGGACUUUACCGGAAUGAGACGCAGCCUUUUUCUCCCAACAUCCUCAGCGGCGGGCGAAGGAAAAUGAAAACGGCCAUGUCGUGGUAGAGAUCAGUUCUUCAACGAGCAAGGCUUACUGACGGCGUAACGUAGUCUUACAAUUACAGCUCUGAAAACAACACAUCUAACCUCUCGAUUGACAGAAUCAGAUUCCGGGGAGAUAUUGUGAAAAAUCAGAGAGCAAACAUGAGCGGAGGAGGGACGCCAUACAUUGGCAGCAAAAUUAGCCUAAUCUCCAAGGCCGGGAUCCGCUAUGAAGGAAUUUUGUACACCAUAGAUACUGAAAACUCGACAGUAGCUCUUGCUAAAGUUCGCUCUUUCGGCACUGAAGACCGGCCCACUGACAGGCCUAUUCCACCUCGGGACGAAGUGUUUGAGUACAUCAUCUUCAGAGGAAGUGAUAUAAAAGACCUUACAGUCUGUGAGCCACCCAAAGCCACUAGCUCCCUGCCACAGGACCCUGCUAUAGUUCAAUCGUCACUUGGAUCCAGCAAUGUUGCAGGAGCAUCAUCAUUCCCGUCAGCUGGGCCCUAUGCUCCACUCAGCAAGGCCCCUGUGGCCCCGUACAGCCAGUUUGGUGUGACACCCCUUGCAUCUCAGUCGUUUGGAUCCGCUGGAGGGCGCUCCAGCCCCGACCUGGACUCUUUGAAAAAACGUCCCAUUCUGGAGCAGGCCGUGCAGGCCCCACCAUCCUCUGCCCCAGCACCCCCUGCACCUGUAGGGCAGAGGAUUCAGACGGCAGCGGCGGCUCCCAGACCCACCAGCAGCACCGCUGGCAGCCAGAAGCCCCCGGACCUCCUGGAGCAGAGACGGGAUAAGGACUCCCGCUGGACUCAUGCUCCGGAGGUUCAGACGGUCUCGCAGCCGGAUCACGAACACGGCGCUCUUGAAAACAGAGAUCCCAACAAGCGUCACGCCGCUGGUGUUCAGUCCAACCGCCGAGGCCGCGGAAGAGGAAACCGCAGCAGAGGCCGAGUUAACGUACGUCGGGAUGGCGCCAUGAAGUUUGAAGAAGACUUUGACUUCGAGACUGCCAACGCCCAGUUCAACAAAGAUGAGAUUGACAAAGAGCUCCAGAACAAGCUGAAACUGAAAGAUGACAAGAUUGAAAAGUCGCUGAACGGUGAAGAAGCUGCAGAGUCAGAACAUCCAGCCAACGAGGGGACCAAUGAGGAGGAGGAGGCUGUGAUCAACACUUACUAUGACAAGACCAAGUCCUUCUUUGAUAACCUGGGAGCUGAUGAUUUGAGUAAAGGGGGUGAUCGGGGAUUUUCAAGGGAGCGGAGGACAACCUGGGCAGAGGAGAGACGAAUGAAUUCUGAGACGUUCGGCAUCCCUCUGAGGCACAAUCGAGGAAGAGGAGGUUUCCGUGGCUUCAUGGGGCCCCGCGGAGGCCGAGGGCGACCACUGAGCAGAGGUUCCUUCGGGCCCCCCCGAGGUCCUCCGCCUGGCUUCAGAGGAGGAUUCAGAGGCGGAUUCAGAGGCGGCAGAGGAGGCCGGGAUUUCUCUGAUUUUGAAUACAGGAAGGACAACAAGGUGGCUGCAUAGUGCAGCAGCGAUGGAUCCUCAAAGAAUUGUAGCCCCUCAUCAUGAAAUUAUUCCUGUUGAAUAAAUUCUUUAGUCUCAACAUUUGACAGAAAGAAUGACGACAUCCUCUCAGUCACCAGCGCCAGGUCGACUGCUUUACAUCAGGGGGGGUGAGAGUGCAGCUCCCUUUUCUCCACUUCGAGAAUUAGGCUUUUUUUGUUGUUUUUGGCCCUGACAUUUUGUUUAAGUCACCAGAUGGACGAGAACAUGUGUAAAUACCUUGCUUUGGAGUCGGUCUGUAUUUCUGCAUUAAUCAAGUUAAUUUCUUCCUGAAGUUGUCUUUGAUAUUGAAAGCUGUGCAGAAACGCCCACUGAUGCUGUGAGCGGGUCACAGUUCAUGUGAUCGAUAGCUUUAUUUCUCAUUUUCUUUCAGUUUUUGUUCUUGUGAUGUAUGUUGGCACCAAAAUUCACUGCAUUGCCUGUUGCACCGUGUUUUUUUCUGCUCAGACUUAGUUUGGUCGCCAUGUAUUCAGUAUUGUUUUUUUGGGACAUCCAUACUUUCUCAAUGAAGUGAGAUCAAAGCCAGCUAAAAAACUAAAUCUGACCUGAAUAUUGUACUGAAUGUAAACCUAUAGCUCAUCUUCUACCUAGUGCCCCCCCCCCAGCAUAUCGUGGCUCGUCAGACUCUUGUAGUUUUUUUGUUUUAGAAAUGUUCAUUCAGUAUUUAGAGUAGAUCAUACUUUGACCCCUCGACCCUCCCGCAUCAGACGAGUGAUGCGUCUGCUUUAUGUCUCUGGCUGGGACUGUAUGCCUGUUAAUGGUGGCCCCCCCAAUGCAAGCGAUCAAUAGGAACCAGACUUUUGAUUGAUUUAAGGGGUUUAGCUUUAGAAAGUAUGUGUUGACUAGAUUAUUUUUGACCGGUUCUGUUUUUUAUAUAUAUAUAUAUAUAUAUAUAUAAAAAACACACAAAGCAUUCCCAUCAUUUGUGUCUGAAAAGAGGAACAUCCAAUUCUAUUAAUGUCUUUAGAAGUUCUUAGGAAAACAAACAUCUUGAGUUUCUCCAGUUAAAACCUGCAGAACGACCUUGAACAAGUUCAGAUUUGGCUUUUUUUUUAUAUAUAAAUAAAUGCUCCGCUAUUUUGCCAAAAGGAAAAAGUGAGCCUAUGGUUGAGGUUUAAUUGUCAGCCUAUAAGUACGAGUUUUACAUACUGAGCCAUCUGUUAUAGCAUGAUCUUCUUCUGUUAUCAACAUCCUUUUGAAUUGUCUUACAGUUGAGUCAUCUGCUGUUUGUUUGUUUUUCACUGUGCUCGCAGUGUCGUAAGGAUUGUUUACUAAAAGUGGGAACUCUUGUAUGUGAUGUUUCAAAAUGUAUGUUCAAAGGUUCCGCUAGACGCCAGCUCGCUCGUUGUUCGUAGCUCCUCUUGCAUUGUUGUCAAUGGGAUUGUUCUCUGGAGUGAAGUUUUCAUUUUUUUUUUUACAGACUUGUGAACAAAGGGACAUGACCUGGAUAUGGUGCCAGUGUGGGGGGUGGGUGGGGGGGAAUAUGUUUUCUUUUUGGCUCUGAUUUAUUAGUACUUUGGGGAGUGCCUUCUGAGUGGUGGAUUUGUACAGCUCUCCCUUUAACUUAAAAGUCAACUAAAGUAUUGAUAGCACUACAAGGUGAGACCAGAUCCUCCUCAGUCGCUGGUGUUUAGGACGACGCAGCGUUCACGUGCUGUUGAACUGGAUAUUGCACAUGUUGCUGAUCACUGCAUGAUAGCCGUAAGAACCAUCACUUCAUACGGGGCUUUCGCAAUAACCAGCAAGGUUGAAUUUGAGACAAAGUAUUACUGAACUAUUAAACUCACAUGUUUUCAUAUGUUUGUUACUCCUUCCAGUCACUGGAAUUGUGAACCAGGAAUUGUUUUCAUGAGAAUAUCAAUAAAUUGAGUUUUUACGUAAAAUAAAGAGUUGUACAAUA